AUGGCGACGGCGUUGCGCGAAGAAGCCGCGGAGCUCCGCGCCGCCGCCGCCGCCGCGGAGGAAGAGCUGCGCGCUUCCCUCGCGUCCCAGGCGUCCAAGCGCGACGCCGCGGAGGCGGAGAUUCGCGCGCUGCAAGCGAGCGUCCGCGACGAGCGCGCGGCCGCGGAGGCGUCGAUCGCCGCGACGAGGGACGGGCUGAAGAAGGACCUCGCGACGGAGGCGGCGCGAAGGGCGCGGGAAGAACGCGAGGCGAGAGAGGCGCGCGAGCGGACGCUCGCGUCGGAGAUGGAGGCGCUGAAACGCGACGCCGCCGCGAAGGAAGCGAUCUGGGCGGCGAAGACCGCCGCCGCGGAGACCGCCGCCGCGGACGCGGAGACGGCGCUUCGAGCGGCGCAGGCGACCGCGCGCGCAGAGGCGGCGGAGUCCGCGGCGAACGCCGCCGCGGAGGUGAGCGCGGCUGAGAAAAAAGCCGCCGCCGCGAAAGCCGCGGUCCGCGUCGGCGCCGCCGCGAUCGCGAAGAAGCAGCAGGAGCUCGACGACGCGAAGAAAGUCGCGGAGGAGGCGCGCGAGGCGGCGGCGAGCGCGGAGUCGAUGGCGCGAGAGCUUCAGGCGACCGCACGCGACGCGCGGGCGGAGGCGGACGACGGCGGGGAAAAACGAAAACGCCUCGAAGCGGAGGCGUCGUCUCUCCGCGAGCGCGCGCUCGCGAGAGAGCGCGAGCUGAGCGCGCUGCUCGAGGAAGAAGCAAAAGCGCGCGCGGAGCUCGAGUCGCGACUCCGCGAGACGCAGUCCACGACGCGCGACGAGCGCGGCGCGCUCGAGGCGAAGCUUCGCGAGGCGCAGGCGUCGAGCCGUCGAGAGGCUGACGCGGCGGCGGCGGCGACGCGCGAGCUCGCGGCGAAGGAGCACGAGCUGUCGUCCUCGCGCGCGCUCAGGGACGCGAUGGAGGAGGAGAAGCGCGCGCUCGAGACGACGCACCGGGAGACGGCGGACGGCGCGACGAAGGAGCGCGCCGAGCUUGAGCGCGCGUUGGACGCGUUGAGGAGGAAGGAAGCUGAGCUCGCGGCGGCGCGCGACGCCGCCGACGCGGAGGCGCUUCAAGAGAAGAAGGCGCGCGAGGCGCUCGAGGGCGCGCUGCGCGAGGUCACCAACACGUCGCGGGCGCGCGACGUCGAGCUCGAGCGCGAGCGCGCGGCGCGGGAGAAGCUCGAGGUGGACCUCCGAGAGAUGACCGCGAGCGCGAGGCACGACGCGAGCGAGCUGAGCGCGUUUCAGGCGCGUUUCGUUCUCCUCACGCCGGUCCCCGUACGAUCCCGUUCGCGCGGUGCACGCCGUUCUUCGAGGACAUCGCCCGCGUGCGCGUGUUUCUCUCCGCCCACCAUCCCACGGUUUCAAUCCCGACACACCUACGCGACGCCUUUCGACCCCGCUUCUGACGCCUUUGAACUCCGCCCCGACGUCGCUUCGCGCGGACCCUCGACCACCCUCAGCGGGAAUUGCGGGAGAAGGAGCGCGCGCUCGCGGAGCUCAAGCGCAUGCGCGAAGAAGCGAACGAGGCGAUGGAGACGUGGCGCGCGCGCCUCGAGCGAGAGAGCGGCGCGCGCGAGAAGGUCGAGGGCGAGCUUCGCGAGCUGCAGCUGUCUUCGCGCGCGGAGAGGGACGCGGCGGAGAGAGCCGCGGCGGGCGAAGCCGAGCGUCGGCGCCGCGCCGUCGAAGAGGAGAAGAUCAGGGUCGAGGCGCUCGAGAAGAAGCUCCAGGCGCUGCAGGAGAGCAGCCGCGGCGCGAGCGCGUCGCGCGGGGCGUUGGAGUCGAGGCUGA